UGGCGGCUGUGCGGAGCUUCGUUCUGUUUCAUGGCGGAAAUAUUUCAUCUCCUGCCGCAACAAUGAGUUCAGGCCAGGCUUUGAGAGAGUUUAUCAACGAGCGACUCACAGCUGCUGCUGGAGAAAUCUUCACCGUGUUUCAACAAACUAUCGUCCAGUACGAGGAGGAGAUUGACCGACAGCGCAGAUUGUUGGAAAUGAUCUUGAAACCUCAAAUCAAGUUACACAGAAUAGCAGAGCUCCCACGACACCAUGGGUGUAGAGAGGAGCAGCUCUUUAAACAGGAAGCCAACUACUGUCCAGAGCAGAGAGAACCAGAACCUCCACAAACCGAAGAGGAACAAGAACUACGUGGACUUGUGCUGUUAAGUGAGAAACAGAAGGAACCAGAACCUCCACAGAUCAAAGCGCAACAGCAAAAAACAGGACUUCAGCAGUUUAAAGAGGAACACGAGGAACCAGAACCUUUACAGACUGAGAUGCACGAGGAAGCCGGUACCAGCCAGGAGGGACAGCGGCAAAUUGUGAUUCCUUUACAAAGUGAUUCCUUUAAGUUUCCUUCUAUUAAGGAUGAAAGUUACCUGAGUGAACCAGAAGAAGUUUCAGAGACUGAGCAGUUCCUCUCUCAGGACUCUGAAGUCCACCAUGUGAAAAAACACCGGGACUCAGAAUCAGCUGUAAAUGCAGAGCUGAAAGAAAUCGGCAUGUUUCAUAGUGACGUUGUGGAGAACCUUCCUGAGUCAGAGAAGCAGGAUGAAUGUGGAAAACUUCCCUGUGAGGAAACAUGUGGUGAAAUUAUCCAGAAAAAACAUGAGACGUGUCAGAACCUAGGCACUGUCAAUCCUGCGUCAGAGAAAAAUACUGAAUAUGAAAAACUGAAAGAGUAUUCUUGUAAAAUAUGUGGGGACAGUUUCCGGCAACACGGUAAUUUGAUGACUCACAUGAAAAUUCACAGAAGUGAGAAGCCGCAUCCUGGUGAAACAUGUGAUAGAAGUUUAAGUCAGCUGAAUUGCUUGACGAGUCACAUGAAAAGUCACACAGGUGAGAAGCCUUAUUCUUGUCUAAUAUGUGGGAAAAGUUCCAGCAGUAACAGUAGUUUGAGGAUUCACAUGAGGGUUCACACAGGCGACAAGCCGUAUUCCUGCCUAACGUGUGGGGAACUCUGCAGUGAACGGAGUAGCUUGUUGCGCCACUUGAAAACUCACAAGGGGAUGAAGUCUUGACAGACAGAAUCAGGUUAGGAAUUCAAACACUUCAGGAAAAUUGUUUCUGGUUUGUCACAAAAACUAAGAUUGAAAUAAUUUUGGUUUCAUUUGAGUUGAGUCUGGAAAACAGUCCACUGGUCACAUUGUGAGUCUCAAAGAAACACAUUUCACUUUUGUUUCUCACAUCAAUGCUUUUUUGACUGUUUUGAAAAAUGCUUCAUUUCAAGUGUUGUAUGGGUAGAUGUGAAUUUUGUAUUAAUAAAUAAAAUGUU